AUGCCGAGGAGCGUCUCUGUAAGGCCACCAGCUAGAAACGAUUUCGGUCGUGAGGUCGCCAGAAGCUGCAGCCGACGCCUACUAAGAACCCUCAUCAACGAAUGCCACAUUCGUCUGCGGAAAUACAGCAAGGAAAUCGAAAGGGCGAAAACAGCAUGUGCAUCAUAUCUGGAGACGGAAACACUGCGAAACCUGGAGAACUGGAUCUUUAUUAAAGUGAACGAGGAGCGAAAUAAGAAAAAGACCCAACUCCUAAACAAAAUGUGUACUCUAAGACAAGCACAAUCAACGGCACCCGGACCGUCAUCCGUCCACAACCUGUCAUCCAAACAGCUGACAGAGGACCAAGUUAAAGUUCUUCAAAGUGAAUCCAGUUACAACACAGGAGACGCACAGCCAGUGGACUUCAUCGCUGCACUAGAAGCGACACUCUCAAAAACUGAUACCACGGAGGACUCAAAGAACGCGAUUCGCCAACGAGUCGCGUCCCUCAUCAUGUCCCACAGACCUCGCCGAACCAUCCCGCCGGCAGAGGUAAAGGCCAUCAAGGAACUAAAGAGGGACGAAGAAAUUGUCAUUGUUCCAGCAGACAAAGGGCGGGCAACCGUAGUGCUAGACAAGUCGGAGUACGUUACCAAAGCGCAGCAGCUACUAAAUGACGAACAAUCGUAUAAAGUCAUCGACUCCGAUCCCAUGAAAGCACUGGUAGGCCAAAUCAACAAGAGCCUGAACCAGAUGAGGAAAGAAAAAGGCAAUAUCAGAACAGGAUUGGAGACAAAUGAAACCCCAAGAUGCUGCCCUAGCGCGCUUUUAUGGUUUGCCGAAAAUCCACAAACCAAAUGUCCCCCUACGGCCCAUUGUGGCGCUGAAAGGCACGCCUACAUACGGACUGGCUAAAUGGCUUGCCAAGCAUUUGAAGAAGCUGACGGACGGCUCAGAACACACAGCUGUAUCGUCAACACACUUCCUGGAAAGACUAAAAGACGUCACAAUAGCCCCCGACGAAAUAAUGGUAUCUUUUGACGUCGUCUCUCUAUUCACCUCCAUCCCUAAAGAAUUGGCCAUGAGAGCUGUCGAUGACCUACUGAAGAAAAGGUACGACGAAGAAGGAAAACCUUUUAAGAGGAGGCACGCGAUGGAACUACUGGACUACUGUUUACACACGUACUUCACUUUUAACGGCCAAAUUUACGAGCAAAUCCAAGGAGCCCCAAUGGGGUCCCCAAUCUCCGGCUACCUGGCUGAGGCGGUCUUGCAGGAACUGGAAACUCGGGUCUUCCUGACAUACAAGCCGUAUGUGCGGCAAAGGUCACGAACAGGCGGUAUGUGCGGCAAAGGUCACGAACAGGCAACCAAUUACCAGGCCGAAGUCGGCCAAGUCAUAAUAGCAGCGAGGAGGGACGACAGAGAAUGUGGGUAGAUUGAUACAGCACUGUUUCGGGCUUAUUCUGCCUUCAUUCAGCCAAUCAUAACCCUGACCACCAGCAGCUGAGACCAGAAACACAAACAAGCGCACAGACGCACCUGUUAAUGUGAUACCGACAAAAACAAGGGAGACCGAAAUGGCCAUUUCUGGCUUAUUAGCCGUCAUCAGCCAGUCAUACCCAACCCCAAGGGUGGAUCACUUGAGAUUCGAACCCGGGAUCUUUGGUCAUGGAGUUCACCGCUUUACCAUUGAGCCACGGGCCCGUUGUCCUGUCGGUUGAGAUCGGGAAUAUGAAUUAUGACAGAUGGGCGCUCACCGAUCAGGUUACAGAACAUGCUCGUUCUGUUGUGCCUUGGGGCUCAUACUUAAACCCUCGCAGGCAGUCGCUUAACGACUAGUGAUAUAUGUUGUUAAGGUGAUACCGACAAUGACAAGGGAGACCGGAAUGGCCAUUUCUGGCUUAUUAGCCGUCAUCAGCCAGUCAUACCCAACCCCAAGGGUGGAUCACUUGAGCUUCGAAACCGGGAUCUUUGGUCAUGGAGUUCAACGCUCUACCAUUGAGCCACGGGCCCGUUGUUUUGUCGGUUGUGAUCGGGGUUGGGUAUGACUGGCUGAUGACAGCUACUAAGCCAGAAAUGGCCAUUCCGGUCUCCCUUGUCUUUUUCGGUAUCACCUUAACAACAUAUAUCACUAGUUGCUGUGCGAUUGCCUGCGAGGGUUUAAGUAUGAGCCCCAAGGUACAACAGAACGAGCAUGUUCUGUUACCUGAUCGGUGAGCGCCCAUCUGUCAUUAUAUAUAUAUAUAUAUACUGCGUUCAUUAUCCCCUGAAGAAGACGAAAAGGAAGGGACGUGUUCAUGUCCCGAAAUAUAUUUGGACUUGUGUUUUGGAAUCUUAAUCGUUUUCCUUAUUAGAGUAGUGUGUUAAUUCUUCCUGCUGUUGAAGAAUUAACACACUAAUCUGAUGAUGAAAACGUGGAAGUUUCCGAAACUUCAGUCAGAAUAUAUUCCCGUUUAUAAAAUCUUCUCUUCUUGGUCGUUUUCGGGAGAUGCUGAACAUAGUAAGAUGCCUGAAUCUCAAAUAUCGUCACACAUAUAUGAAAACCUAAGCUGAAAACUGGAAGUAAAAUGGCCUGGGACAAAACUUGCGUUGUUGGUGUCUGCUCAUCUAUGAAAGGUCAAGAUUUUUUGGUCACCAUGCGUUAUGACUUGAGCUUACCUGUUCUGAGUGCGUCUGCAAUGAUAUCUGAUCUAGUCGGCGUCAAUGAUGUCACGGACUGCACGUUUCCUCAUGUGAUGAUCCUCGAUAGCAGAUCUGGCGCCAGGAUGUCGACACGGGAUUUGUAGAUUUCAGCGGGAAUACCGUCCUCUCCGAGAGCCUUAUUGUUGAGCAAAGUUGUUUUACAUCAGCGACUUAUUCGGAGGAAGGUCAGUUGCAUAACAAUAUAUAGGUUGGAGAGAGAUAAAACUGCGACGUGGAGGAGGGCAAGGGUGUGAUGGGUUGCCCAAAAAAGAUGACAAGGUGUCUGAAGUGUCCACACAAGCGAUCGACCUUGGCUGAUUGGUCAGCAAUAAAGCCGAGGUUCGUAUGACGAACAGAGUUGAUCAGUGUCGAGGGCUCACCACUAACUUGGCGGAUAAGUUGGUGCAAUUUUCGAGUAUCACCAAUGUUUGAGGCCUGCUCCAUGGAGGUCGCUGUUCCAGCUCAAUAUGUUUUCUGUCAUUUUUCAGAGUUGGCAGAAGGAAUCCUCAUUACAGAAACUGGUUCGAGCAGACAACUGA